AUGCGUCUGAAGACUCUGAAGGUGUUUAUUCCAUCUUCUUCCUCAGUUUGUCUCGUCCUAAUUGGCACUAUAGGAGGCUACUUCUUAGGAAGAGCCAGAGGUCGAAAAGCAGCACUCGUUGAUCAGCAACAAGAUGAUGUAGCUUCCGUUGCGGACCUUCUCGAAAACAAUGUGCAACCACCACCAGCUGCCGCCGUGGUUUCUCUAUCUAAAGACGAACAGAAGGCCAUUAUCAGCAGAAAAAUCAAACUUUUUGAGUCCAUCCAGGCCGAACAAGAAGAACCCAUUCAGUCUCUACCAGCAGAAUCCAUCAAGAUUACAUUGUGGUAUGGCCAAGUGAAGGAGGUGAAGGAAGGGAAGAAGUGGAUAACUUCCCCUUUGGACAUAGCUGAGGAGGUUUCGGAGAGUUUUGCUUCGAAAGCUUUGGUUGCUGAGGUCAAUGGGACACCAUGGGACAUGUCAAAGCCUUUGGAGUGUGACUGUGAGCUUAAGAUAUUCACAUUUGAAGACAACAAAGGCCGUGACACAUUCUGGCACUCGAGUUCUCAUAUUCUUGGACAUGCACUUGAAGCCGAGUUUGGAUGCAAGCUCUGCAUUGGUCCAUGCACAACAAAACAAGAGGGGUUCUACUAUGAUGCAUAUUACGGAGGUUUGGGGUUGAAUGAUGAGCACUUGAAGAAAAUUGAAGCAUUGGCAAAGAACGCUGUCGAGGCGAAACAUUGCUUCAAGGACAUUGAAGUAUCUGUGGAACAGGCUCUUGAGAUUUUCUCUGAUAAUAAAUUCAAGGUUGAGAUCAUCAAUGAGCUUCAUGCAGACAACAAGGCCAUAAUUGUUUACAGAUGUGGCGACUUGGUGGACUUGUGCCCCGGACCUCAUAUACCAAACACUUCCUUUGUCAAGGCAUUUAGAUGUUUGAAGGCUUCUUCAGCUUACUGGAGGGGAAAUAAACAUAGCGAAAGUCUGCAGCGAGUUUAUGGAAUAUCUUAUCCAGAUGAAAAUAGUUUGAAGGCUUAUAUCAAGCAGCAGGAAGAAGCAAAAAAGUAUGACCAUAGGGUGUUGGCUAAAUCACAGGAGCUCAUGUUUUGUCUCCCAAAUAGCCCCGGAAGUUGGUUCUUCGCCCCAAACGGAACUCGGAUUUAUAAGAAGUUAAUGCAGUUCAUGGAAAAGGAGUAUCUGAAAAGAGGAUAUCAGGAGGUUAUAACACCAAACAUGUUCAAAAUGGAUUUGUUUGAAAGAUCUAAGCAUGCAGGACACUACAAAGAGAAUAUGUUUCUUUUAGACAUUGAGGAAGAUGAAUAUGGUGUGAAGCCAAUGAACUGUCCUGGUCACUGUGAAGUGUUUCGACAUAGGCCUCAUUCUUAUAGAGAACUUCCUCUUCAGAUAGCUGAAUUUGGAGUGCUGCAUCGGCAUGAGGCCAGUGGUGCACUCGAUUGCUUGACUCGUGUGAGGAGAUUUGUGCAGGAUGAUGCUCAUAUAUUUUGUCGGGAGUCACAGCUGAAAGAUGAGCUCAAGGGUGUCCUUGACUUCAUCAAGUAUACAUAUGACAUAUUUGGUCUCUCUUUUGAUGUAGAGUUAUCCACAAGGCCGGAAAGUUACCAUGGAGGAAGAGCAACAUGGGAUAAAGCCGAGGCGAUUCUCACAGAAGCACUAAAUGAUUUUGGCAUGCCUUGGCAGAUAAAUGAAGGGGAUGGAGCAUUUUACGGACCAAAGAUAGAUUUCGGCGUGUGUAAUGCUUUGAAGAAGAAAUUUCAGUGUGCAACAAUACAGCUUGAUUUUCAGCUACCGGAUUGUGCGCAGUUCGACCUGCAUUACACUUCAGAUAAACAAGGCAAGGGGGAGAAACCGGUUAUGAUUCACAGAGCUGUAUUCGGCUCCUUUGAGCGUUUCAUUGGUAUACUUUUGGAGCACUACAAAGGGAAAUGGCCCUUCUGGCUUAGUCCACGGCAGUUAAUUGUUUGCUCAGUCACACAGGAAUUUGAGGCUUAUGCUGUUCAGGUUCAGGAAAGGAUUCGUCGCGAUGGUUAUCAUGUUGAUGUUGACAUCAGUGAUAGAUCAAUGAGUAAAAAGAUUAGAGAAGCUCAGGUGGCACAAUACAACUAUGUUUUAGUUGUUGGUGACAAGGAAGCCAAAAGUGACCAGGUGAGUGUACGAGCUAGAGAUAAACAAGAUGAACUUAUGGGAGUAAUGAGUAUCGAUGAUCUUCUCAGAGAACUGAAAAACAAAGUUGAAGCUUUCCAUUAG